AAAAAGAAGAGAAAUGCAAUUCUAGAUGUGGAUCAUCUUACGAACCAUUCAGAAGCCACAUUGAUCAAUUCCAUAAAUCGAAGAGUGCAGAAAAGCGAUGAUAUUGCAAAACAUCGCUUUUUUCUAUUCACCUUACAAUUUACUAUUAUUUACAUGACAUCUUUUUACAAUAGGCAAACUUAAGUCAUUUGUUCCUUGAGAAUUAAAGAUUAGAUACUAGAAUCGUAUGCCGAUAUGGCGAAAUUAAAAAAAUUAAUAAAAAAUGGAAUUACGAUCAAUUUGAAGAGGUUCAUUGAUAUUUAAUACUUUACAACGCUAGACUGCGGAUUUUUGUGUAUUUAGAGGAAAUUUGAACUUUGCACAUACUAUGAAAAAAUACACGAAGUAUACAAAGUAAAGUACUUAUUAUCAUUUGAGUAGAUAAAACAAAUUUCUAUCUAAUCUUCAUUUUUUAUCUAUAUUCAUAAGAAUAUAAAAUUGCAUAAACAUCCGCAAGUCUAUUAACAACAAUUGUAUCGUUAUGUAAGUAUAAAUAACUUUAUGACAAAUAGUACAGCUUUAGUUUUCCUGGUGAGAUACACAGAAUUCGAUAGAUGUCAACAUAGAAAGUAGCCUUAAUAAAAUAAGCAAUAAAUAACGUAAUACUUGAGUGGUGCUAUGUGCUAUGUGCUAUUUUCAGUCGAUAGCGAUAAUUAGUCACAUGUGUAGACUUUCGUAAUUGACUAUACGCUGGUCUCUUCACACUCACACAUUCGUCGACCACAUUCCAUUCUCGCGUGCAAUUUUCAGGGUUAACCACAGCCGACGAUACGCCAGUUUCGCGAUCGCGGUAAACGUCCCUGGAAUGCAAAUCGCCUUGAUUGGCAGCCUAAGUGGAACGCUUCUUUCCUUCUUUAUUUCUCCUCGACGGUUUUGAAAACGAGUCUCGUUGAACUCUUCUAUCGCGAAUCCUUCAUUGGUAGACCUACGUUAGACGUGUUGUAUUUCCAAUCCAACGUGUCGAGAAUUUUAAUGAAAUUUCCUUGGAUCUCCUUUAUUGGCUCGUUUCCUUGUUUUCAUCGACUUGUUCGCUUCGCUGGGAUUUCUUUGGAAAUCUCCAUCAUGACUGACUGUAGAUUAAGUUUAUUAAUAAUUGAAAAUUGAUUUCAAGAAUGUUAGCUUCUAAAUCGUCCAUUCGAAGAUUCAGAUAUUCGCGAUUAAUACUUCGUCGUAGUAAAUUAGAAAUUAAUCAUUAGAGAUUAGUUGCGAAACGUUUGACUUCAAAACGAAAGUUUUGGAGGUCCGAAAGUUCUCGAUUAAUAAUUAAUUACAGAAGAUUAAUCUCGAAGCGUAACAAUGAUUUUCCCGAUAUUUCUUAUUUUUUAUUUGCGCCACUUUUAAGACCAUAAUAAACAGGAUUGCCAUUAACUCGUCUCCAAUAAACGGAACUAACAAGUCUCCUAAUCACGAAGAAACGUGUCUCGUUGCACAUGAUCACUGCCAAUCGUCACGUUUAAUCUGCAAAAACAGCAUCACGGUUGAUCAGUCUUAAAAUUCUCGUGAUACGUAGAUUACGGGGAUCGAGGCGAUGACACCAGCUGUUUAGACGUGCCAACCUUACGACAGGUCGAGUGCAUCCAACCGAUUCGCGUUUCUACAGCUAAUUAUCGUAUGUUACGUGUUCGUAUGCCACUUUUUUUCCUCAGCGCUAUGAAAGUCUCGGAACAUCCAUCUAAAUUACGAUUGAAAUUACACUGAUACUUGGACGAGCUUCUAGAAUAGUCCUCGAUGAUGAUAGACGAUUACUUUGAACGAUGACAAGAUAUAAAGAAUAUAAAAAGACAACCUUGGAUUAUGAACGCGCGAGAAUCGACCUUCGUUGUGCAUCUGCACCUGACGUAACUCAGAAAAUCCGUGUCCCAUCUUUUAAUCCGUUUUCCUUCUUUUGAAAUCAUUGAUAUCGCUAUUUUUAGUUUUAUCUUUAAAACUUGGACCCUCUUGCAUAAUUUAUCAUCUAGUAACUAAUAGAUUGCGGAUUUUCAUGCAAUUAUGAGAUAUUUGAAGGUACAAAGAUUACUUUAUAUGUAUUAGUUAUUUUCUUAAAUUUAAGAAAUAGAUUGUACGAUAGUUGAAGAUAAUUAAUUUUGUUUGAAGAAAAAUUAUAAAAGAAAAUUAUUCUCAAGGAGGAUACAUUUUGCUUUGUUUUUUUUAUAAAAUCCUUCUUGUUCAAAGGAUUUUUCAAUUUUAAAUAAAUUGAUUUUUCCCAACAACUAUACCGUAUCAACGUGGGAGUGAACGGUAUAACAGUACUUACUAAAACAAUGGUAACACAAGCAGUCCCGUUACAGAUUGAAAUUUACAAACAAGAGUUACCGAGCACUGCGAAUAAUUCAUAAAUUAUAAUAUGAUGGCGAUUUACGCAAACUGUCGGCAACCAAAUCGUGGGAAAGAUUCGGAAGAAUAAAGAUUCACCCCCACCGCCAAUAGAAACUUCUCCAAAAUUUGUGCAUACAUGUUAUUCAUAAUAAUUACAUUUUUUAAAUAACUAAAUUUUCGGCAUACCAUUAUCUAAGUAAUCGAAGAUUCUUUUAAAGAAUUUCACGAACGUUCAGAGACUUUUUCGUGGAGACUUUUUCCUCUAGAAAACUUCCACAUUGAUUAUGAAAUAAUUAUUUUCAGGAUUUAGAUUUUUUAAAUACAAUUUUCGAUAAAGUACUAUCUACAACUUCAGAGAAUUCUUAGCAUAUCUUCUCUCGAAAAACUUUCAGAUUCUUUUCAAAACUAUUUUUCCAAGGAUUUUCCGCAAUGAAAGUAUUCAACUACAGUCGUAAUUACAAUCGAAGGACGAAUACGCAUAAUUUUCUAAGACAUGAUUACCAGAUAAGAAACGCGUCCUCGUUUAAAAAACACGAGAGAAGGGGUGAAAAUGUAGAAUUGAAAGAUCUCACAUGCGUAACUGUGAUUUUCACAUUGAAGGUAAUCAUCGAUUGGAAUGUGCCAUCGAAAAAAUUACUCGUUCCAUUCGAAAUACAUGAUUUUAGUUUUUACCAAAAAAGUUUGAUCGAGCAGUUUGUCACCGAAUCCGAAAGAAACACGAAGGUUAAAAGACGAGGUACGAUAAAUUCCAGUAUUACCUCCAAUUGUCCACGCGUUUCUCAGUCGUUGACAAUCGCGCGUUCCUUUUCGUACGAAGCAGACUGUGUAAUUGCAUCACGCAUGCUCGCGACUGGAUCAAGAGGAAACAAGCGGAGAACAGCACAAAGGAAACUUUUAAAAGAGGUCUGCAUUAUAAACGGGGAACUUGUAAGUGGAUAAUGUAUCCGGUUUUGAAUAGGAAUGAGAAAGAAACGACCGAUGCAUGACGCGAAUUAAAUUAAUUAGAUUAAAGUUGAUAAUGGGGAUUUUAGUUUUGUUUUAAGAAAGAAACGACAAAGGGCUUAUUGUAGAACAAUUUACUAAGUAAUAAUGUCAGUCAAUUGAUAAAUUGUCAAUUGCAGAUUGUAAACUUUUCUUUUCUAAUUUUAUAGCUUUAUGUCAAAUAUAAUAAUCCAAUAAUCAAAAAGUAUGAUGAAUCGUUUGAUAGCUUAUCAUAAGGAAACAUCAAAUUUCAACCUGGUAUGUCAAAAAAAAUUCAGAUUGUUCAUUUUUAUACUAUUUUUCUUAUUUAAUGGUAUGUAAAUGUCUUAACAAAAUUCUGGAAUAUGUUACAGAAUAUUUGUAGAUCCUUUUGCCGCGAAUCCUAGACGCAAGAAAUGAGAAACGCUAAAAAAUGUAAAUUUCGUGCUAGGAUUUACAUAUUGGCGUAAUUACUGUCCUCAAUAUUUUUGUUCAAAGCAUUGAUUACAAUAUUAGUACAAUAAAUACAAUCGACAACACCAAUGAAUGCAAUAAAUAUUGUCGUGUUCGCUAUAUUAGGAAAUAUAUGUCCGACAUCAAAUGGCAUUAAGGACUAACGGUCAGCCAUUUUUUUCCAGGAAUUCCAAUUGUAUUUCGCUCCACUUUUGCAGAAGGAUAUAAUUGAAGAGCGAUUAUCACUGAAACAUAGUUUCAGCGUCCAUUUGUCGCCUUCAGAAGGAGAUAAUAGAACCAAUUAUGAAACCAAUGUGAAAAUAUGAUUGAAUGAUAUAAUUGCCGAACAAAUAGCAGUGCUAGAGAUAAUUUCCGAAGAUCAAAGGACACUUAUAAACUUUGAUAAUUGUGCAAAAAUGUGCAAUAACCAGAAAUGCAAAAAUAUCGAACCUUCGAAAGAAAGCAAUGUAAGUAAUUGAAGAAUCAAUGUGAAAAUAUGGUUAAACGAUAUGAUUAUAGAAGAAAUAACGAUGCUAGAGAUAAUUAGCAAAUACCACAGGUAUAUAUUUAUGAACUCGGAUAUUUGUACAAAAACGUUGCAUAACCAGCGAUUGAAAAAAGAAAUAGGAGGCAGCGACAGCUGCGAAAGCGAGUCGAUGAAAAAUCAGCGGCCACGAUAACUUCCGCUUCGAAGCGGUAUCCACCAGCUGUCGUUAAUGAAACGAUACCUACGUAGCCGUAUAAUGGUACAAUGCAUAAAAUAACUGGACAUUAUUGUAAAAUUGCCGGCAUGUAUUAAUCAAAGUAACCGCAAACAUGGGAAAGGAGGAACUUCGCCUGUCUUCCGAGAACCUGAAGACAUUCCUCCGUCAACAACGUUCCUGUCGAAGGCUAAAGAACGACUAACAAUCAUCCGUGUUGCUUCGCGCUCGCCGGUCGGCGAAGGAGCAGGACAAAUAAGACCAACUAGUCUAUGGUGGAACAGAGAGGGCAACUGCAUCGUUGGAAUAACAGUACUCUCACAUUGGUGAACGCCGUCGAAGCACGGUACCGUUAUCGGCACGUUACCGCGUUACCACGCCGACGAGGACCAGCGACGGAAACCAGAGAAUCCAGACUGCUCCUCAGCUUCUCCCGUAAGGCUCCUCCUCCACCUCCUCCUUUCUUUCUUCGUGUUCUCGUUGCUCCAUGUGUUUCCUUGACCCCACGCGUCCUUUCCCGGACAGAAUAAAGAUGUUGGUCACUAGAUAUACGAUGCCAGUGAAAAGUAUUAUUAUCAAAAGUACUAUUAAAAGUAUUAUUAUAAGUAUAAUGAUACUAUAAUGGUAUCAUAAGUAUACUGAUAUUUAGUAUGGAUCGAACGCUUCUCACUGUUUCUAGUUUUUAGUUGCUUUAUUACAAACCUGUUUGUUAUUUCUUUUGCGUCAUGCCUGUCUUUAUAGGAAUUUUAUGCAACUUUGCAAUUUCAAAUUUUCUACAAGUGUAUAAAAAUGUGUUAAUAACUUUUGUAUUAGAUAUUUUUCACGAUGUUGUUGACAGUCACUUAUUCUGGAAUUUAUUCGCGUAUAUGCUCGUAUAGCAAUCUUUAUAUUAGAUAUCUUUUACUGUGUUACCGAUAGUCGCAUAUUCUGGAAUUUAGUUUUAUACAUGCACAUAUUAAUAAAUGGUGACUUGUAUUGAAGAUUUAAACAUAUUUUGUAAA